AUGCUCACUCAAAUUGCCUUAAAACGGGUUGAGAGUAGAAUUGACAACUACACCAUGCCAUGGCAGAGUGCUUACAAGAGAGGUAGGAGCUGCUCUGACAUUGUGUGGGCUCAGAGAAUGCUAAUAUCUGUUGUGAUGAGGAAGAAAUGGACAUUUAGCAAAAUGGGUAUUGAUAUGAGUAGAGCUUUUGAUACCGUGAAAAGGGACACUAUCAUCAAUGUUUUGAAGGAUGCUGGUUGUUCGGAGGACGACAUUCGCUUAGUUCAAUACCUUCUAUCGAAUACUCUCCUUAGAGUUCGUGUUAACUCCUCACUGUCGGAAGAGUUUGAAAGUUUACUCGGAGCCUUUCAAGGUGACAGUUUAUCUGGAAAGCUAUUCACACUUAUUCUUGCAGCAGCCUUACACCACCUCAGAGCUGUAUCUGGGAGACCAAACCCACCAGUAUCAAAACUAGGUUUUCCAACUGAGUGGGAAUAUUCAGACGAUUGUGACUUUGCUGAUGAGGACAUCGAGAAACUGAGAAUUUUCCUUCCUACAGUGAAGGAUAUUCUCAAAGACUGGAACCUCCAAGUAAAUGAAAGUAAAACUGAAUUCAGUACCUUCUACCUGGCGAAAAAAUCUGAUAAAGACACAAACGGUCAGCCAUUAGCUAAUAACGAACCAUGGCGAAGUAACAAGUCACUAGGUUCCUUACUCGGUACUGAGAAGGACAUUCAAAGAAGGAGAAUCCUAGCUGAGAUUGCUUUUAAGAACUUUGGAAAACACUGGAGACAACUGUCCUCCCACAACAUCUACCUGAGCGACUCCCUCGUCCACAUCCCUGCUUCAGCUACUGUAUCAUCGUGUUAUUGUCACGUGUGUGACGGUGAGGGUAAUCUGGACGGAUGCCAAGACGGACUAUCAUCUCUCAAGUAA